AUGGCCGCCUCACCAGGUCACGCCGCCAUGACUCCACCAUCUACCCCAGUGGAACCAAUACUCCUCGCAUUUGACCGCAUCUGUGAGCGCUUCUGGGCACAGCUCUAUGGCAAACUACUUACUUCAGCCCCUGAAGAUAAGCUGGCGGCACCUCGGAGCAAUCCUGCGGUGGGUAACCGCAACAAUCAGACUCCGCCACGUGACCCCAUGGCGUCGCAGCACAGGAGCAGACGGAAAAUUUCUGGAUGGCAAUGCAAGCACCUAACUACCCGCAAACGCAUAACCCUACAGAGGAAGACAAAGCUCCCUCAACCUCAGCGCAACCGACAUGUAAGGCAGACCCCAACUACUUACAAAUGGGGGAGCAGAGGCACAACAUCACGGAUGAGAGCUCUGUCUGCUGACCGUGUCCAUGUGCCGGUGAUGACCUCAGAGGACUCUUUGCGGGUUUCGGCACCAUGGUGGGGGGGGGGCUUAAUAAUGAAUGCAGACAACAAGGGACUCUUCCUCAGUGGGCAUUGGCUAGGGGGCACAUGAACCUGUGUGGUGGUCUAGCUGAUAUUAGCCCCCCAUCAUACAGCUAGAUUAGUUUGAUUAUACUGAAUAUUUGCUGGCAAACUAUAACACUGCACAUAAACCCAGUGGCACCUGCUUAUUUGGCACUAGCUACAUGUUUCAGACAGGACAUACUUGCCUAGCAUAGGCCUACUCAUGUUAUAAAACAAUAAUCUUAUAAGUAAAUGUAACAUGUUGCUGAAAUACUCAGCUUUUCUUUGAUCCCUCCAGGGUGACAUGCAGUCUGAUUACCUUUCACUCACGAUACCCGCAGGGUCCGGUGUUCUAUCAGUUCUCCCUACCACCAAACCAGCUGUACUACUUCUGGGUCAUGCAGCCCUAUCGCUUCCUGUUUACAUUCCAUCCAUUUCUAAUCUCUGCGUUCCAUCUGCUUCCGGGUUUGCGUUUCAUUAAUUCCCAACAGUGCGAACUGCAUGUCAGUGGCUGUGGUGGUAGGAGGCAGUGGGUCUGCACGUGGAGUAACAAAAAUCACGUGACUCUCCAAGCCGACAGAUCACGUGACAGCUGUGCCCCGCCCCGCCGUCUGGAAGGCUGGACGGAGCGAUCCCUCAGCUUGUCGCUUUUGAUUGAUCACGUGGGAUGCGAUCUGUGCGGUGAUUGGCCGGGUAGUGAAGCCGUAUUCCGUGUGACCUGUGACAAGCUGCUGGCGGGAAGCGUUAGACGGAGGUACCGGGAAUACAGAGAGGGGAUGGGACAGGCAUGGCUCCUGUGGGCUUAG